UUCUCUCCCCUGCUCCUCGGGGCGGGCCGCGCACAGCGGAGGCGCAGGCAGAGCGCAGGGAGCCUCUCACCUCCGGCUGCCCCCCAUCAGCGCCAGGGACAACCGCGGGCAGGAGCCGGGGGCGGGGGACCCAGCUGAGCAUGGCGGCAGCGGCGGCGCUGCAGGGCAGCCGCGCAGCUCCCUCACCGCUGGCGCCGGGCGCCGGGCUCUUCCUCGUGGUCUUCCCCCUCUUCCUCACCCUGCGCCCCGGGGCCGCCCAGGUGGGGCCGCCCGACUCCGGGGCGCUCGGGCUCAGCCUCCAUCCGCCCUAUUUCAACCUGGCCGAGACAGCCAGCAUCCGGGCGACGGCCACCUGCGGGGAGGAGGAGAGCGGCGGCGGGAGGCCCCGGCCGGAGCUGUACUGCAAGCUGGUGGGCGGACCGGCCGCUUCCCCAGCGGGGCACACCAUCCAGGGACAGUUUUGUGACUAUUGCAAUGCAGCUGAUCCCAAUAAAGCUCACCCAAUAACCAAUGCUAUUGAUGGAACUGAACGCUGGUGGCAAAGUCCUCCUCUCUCUUUAGGCUUACAGUAUAAUGAAGUGAAUGUCACUUUAGAUCUUGGACAGCUCUUCCAUGUGGCUUACAUCCUUAUCAAGUUUGCAAAUUCUCCUCGCCCAGAUCUCUGGGUGUUAGAAAGAUCAGUGGACUUUGGAAGAACCUAUGCACCUUGGCAGUAUUUUGCUUAUUCUAAAGCAGACUGUUUGGAACAUUUUGGAAAAAAAGUUAGUGCUCGUAUUAGGAGGGAUGAUGAUGUUAUUUGCACUACAGAGUAUUCUCGAAUUGUGCCUCUUGAAAAUGGUGAGAUUGUGGUAUCCUUGGUAAAUGGUCGUCCAGGAGUAAAAAACUUCACUCACUCUCCCAUACUUAGGGAAUUUACCAAGGCAACAAACAUCCGCUUGCGUUUUCUCAGAACCAAUACCCUUCUUGGACACUUGAUAGCCAAAGCUCAACGGGACCCCACUGUAACCCGCAGAUAUUACUACAGCAUAAAGGACAUCAGUAUUGGUGGACGAUGUGUUUGCAAUGGUCAUGCUGAAGUCUGUAAUGCAAAAAGUGCUGAAAACCUGUACCAGUUUCAGUGUGAAUGUCAGCAUAACACUUGUGGGGAAACCUGUGAUCGCUGCUGCCCUGGAUAUAAUCAGAAACAAUGGCAACCUGCAACUGCCAACAACGCAAAUGAGUGUGAAUCCUGCAACUGUCAUGGACAUGCUACUGAUUGCUACUAUGAUUCUGAUGUUGAUCGACGCAAAGGAAGCUUAAACGUCCGUGGGUGGUAUGAAGGUGGAGGGGUCUGCAUUGAUUGCCAGCAUAACACAGCUGGAAUUAACUGUGAACAAUGUGCAGAGGGGUACUAUCGUCCUUAUGGCAUUCCAGUGGGAGCUGCUGACGGCUGUAUACCCUGCAGUUGUAAUCAGGAGCAUUCAGAUGGUUGUGAGGAAGGAUCUGGUCGCUGUCAUUGUAAGGUGAAUUUCCAUGGCGAAAACUGUGAACAAUGUGCUGAAGGAUACUAUAGUUUCCCAUUCUGUGUCCGACUUCCUAUUUAUCCUUUUACUACUCCAAAUCCAGAAUACCCUGAGACUGGUGGUAUUAAAGAUGGCUGUAAACCAGGAUUUUUUGGCCCUCAAUGCCAGCCUUGCCAGUGCUAUGGCUCGGGAGUGCUGGAUGGCAACUGUGAUGGAAAGACAGGACAGUGCAGAUGUCGAGUUGGAUUUCAGGGGCUUUCCUGUGAUGCCUGUGCAGUAGGGUAUUUUCAAUACCCUUUCUGUCAGAUGUGUGCAUGUAAUUCAGCUGGUGCCCUCCCUGAAAUCUGUGAUUUCCUUGGAAAAUGUCUCUGCCGCUUUGAGGUAGAUGGACGUCAGUGUGAGAGCUGUCUUCCUGGCUACCAUUCUUUCCCCAUCUGUCAAGAGUGCAACUGUGAUGCACUUGGCUCAUUGGACAAUACAUGUGGGCCUAGUGGUCAGUGUCGGUGCCGUAAAAAUUAUGCUGGACUUCGAUGCAACCAAUGUGCUCCAGGUUAUUUUAGCUAUCCCAACUGCUUGCCUUGUCAGUGUUCUCCCCAUGGUUCCUACCAGAACACAUGUGAGUCAACAACAGGGCAGUGUGAGUGUCGAACAGGCAUUACAGGGCAGCAGUGUGACAGAUGCCUUUCAGAAGGCUACAGUUUCCCCUAUUGCCAAGGAGCAAACAAUGACUGUGACCCUGCUGGUACUCUUGAUUCCCAUACUGGCUAUUGUCGGUGUCUGCAGCAUGUUGAAGGUCCUAUAUGUAGCAGAUGCAAACCACUUUACUGGAAUCUGGCCAGAGAAAACCCUGAUGGAUGUACAGAGUGCCAAUGUGAGGUGACGGGAACACUAAGUGGAGUCGGAGAAUGUCAGCAGAAGAAUGGUGACUGUCAUUGCAAACCUGAUGUUUGUGGAGGUUCCUGUGACACUUGUGAAGCUGGCUAUUAUGCUCUGGAAAACAGGAAUUACUUUGGGUGUCAAGGCUGCCAAUGUGAUGUCGGAGGAUCUGUCAAUCUUGUGUGCAGCGAGCCAUCAGGUGCCUGCCAGUGCAGAAACCACAUAGUGGGAAUGACCUGUCAGAAGCCUGAAAAGAACCACUUUUUCCCUGAUUUACACCACGUGAAGUUUGAGAUCGAAGAUGGUACCACUGCGAGUGGAAGAGGCAUUUGGUUUGGUUAUGACCCCCAGGAAUUUCCUGGCUUUAGUUGGAGAGGAUAUGCACGGAUGUCUUCGAUACAACCAGAGGUGGUUGUGCCUGUCACUGUGACUUCCUCUAAGCUCUUCCACCUAGUACUCCGCUAUGUCAGCCUGGUUUCAAAGAUAAUUAUACUUAAUGAAGUGAGGAUAACUCUGAAUGUGGAAAAAUCAAACCUCUACUUAUUUCAUGUUAUCUUGAGAUAUAUUAACCCUGGAAUUGAAAUGGUAUCUGGCCGCAUAACUGCUUACCAAUCUCGGUCUGAAACAGGGGCUACUCAGAGCAAAGACAUUGUCUUCCCACCCAGUAAGAAGCCGGCUUUUGUCACUGUCCCAGGAAACGGCUUUGCAGAUCCAUUCUCACUUAUUCCAGGAACAUGGAUUGUCAAUAUUAUGGCAGAGGGAGUCCUCCUGGAUUACAUGGUGCUGUUACCUAGUGAUUACUAUGAAGCGCCCAUCUUACAAUUACAAGUUACAGAGCCUUGCACCUAUUCAGGACGUGCUACGACAGAUAACUGCUUGCUUUAUCAGCAUUUACCACUAGCCAGAUUUUCCUGUGUCCUCGGUUCAGAGGCGACACAUUUCUUGCUUGGUGGAGAGUACAGAAAAAUAGCUGUCCGACAGCCAACCCCAGAGCAUCCAGUAAUGUCCCACAUCAGUGGAAGAGAGGUUGAUUUACAACUGAGACUGAACAUUCCCCAAGUCGGUCGCUAUGUGGUAGUUCUUGAAUAUGCUAAUGAAGAUGAUCAGUUAUACACUGCUGAAGUGAUAGUGAACAGUCCUGGGCCUGUCCUGAAGGCCAGAGUGAACAUAUACAGCUGUAAAUACAGCUUCCUUUGUCGCAGUGUUGUCGUUGAUAAUAUGAAUCGCAUUGCAGUCUAUGACCUUUUAGCUGAUGCAAAGUUACAUCUUAAGGCAUCAGUGAUAAAUUUUCUUCUGCACAAAAUUUGCAUUGUAUCAGCUGAAGAAUUUUCUCUAGAAUAUGUGGAUCCUAAAGUACACUGCAUAGCCACUUUUGGGAGCUUUCUUAAUCAAAGUGCAUCAUGCAUUCCCUCAGUGUAUGAAACUCCACCAGUGGCCUUGCUUUUGGAUGCACUCAAGGAUGGGAAAAUUUCAGAAGUGCAGAGAAAUGUACCGUACAAUCCACUGAGUGUCCCUUUCCCUUCUGUUAACCGGGUUAAUGGAGUAAUCUUGACCUCAUUACAGAACCAGCUUACUCUGAGUGGGAAAGUGCCAAGUUUGGGCAGAUAUGUAUUUGUUGUACAUUUCCAGCAGUCAGCGCACCCAACAUUUCCUGUGCAGGUGCUUGUGGAUGGGGGACGCCUAUGGUCAGGUUCCUUCAGUGCUUCAUUCUGCCCUCAUGCUUUUGGCUGUCGAGACCAGGUGAUUGCAGAAAACCAAAUUGAACUGGAUAUCCCUGGGCCUGAGGUUUCUGUUACUGUGAAGAUUCCUAAUGCAAAAACACUGGUUGUGGAACACAUUUUAGUUGUUCCAGCAGACAGUUACAGCCAUAGCCUACUUCAGAAAAGGACUGUGGACAAGUCGUUUGACUUUAUCAACCAGUGUGGAGGAAACAGCUUUUAUACUGACCCAGUAACAUCUUCAGCAUUCUGUAAGGAUUCUGUAAGGUCAUUAGUGGCGUUUUACAACGAUGGAGCAUUGCCCUGCGGUUGCCAUAAAGCAGGUGCCACUAGCUCGGCUUGUAACCCUCUAGGGGGACAAUGUAGUUGCAAACCUAACGUCAUUGGCCGUCGGUGUAGCCGAUGCCAAACUGGGUACUAUGGAUUUCCGUUCUGCAAAUCAUGCAACUGCGGCCGACGUCUUUGUGAUGACAUAACUGGUCAAUGUAUUUGCCCUCCUCAAACGGUGAAGCCCAAGUGUGAAGCAUGUGAAAGACAAUUUUUCAACUACCACCCUCUUGUUGGCUGUGAAGCCUGCAACUGCUCAAGCAGAGGAAUAGUUAAUGUGGCAAACCCAGAAUGUGAUAAAAACAACGGGCAGUGCAAGUGCAGGCCAGGAAUAACAGGGCGACAAUGUGAUCGCUGCAGUCCUGGCUCUUACAGUUUCCCAGAUUGUAUUCCCUGUAAUUGUAACAGAGAUGGAACAGAGCCAGAUGUUUGUGAUCCACGGACAGGAGCUUGUCUCUGCAAGGAGAAUGUUGAAGGUAGGCAAUGUGACAUUUGCCGUCAAGGAUCAUUUUAUUUGGAUCCUUCUAAUCCCAAGGGCUGCACUUCUUGCUUUUGUUUUGGAGCUACUAGCAACUGUCACAGCACAAGUAAUCGUAGAACUAAGUUUGUUGAUAUGAGGAACUGGCGCAUGGAGACAGCUGACUAUAACAUUGAUGUCCCCGUAACCUUCAAUCCAGGCAGCAAUAGUGUAGUUGCUGAUGUUCAAGAGUUGCCUACCUCUGUGCACAGUUUAUAUUGGGUGGCACCACAAUCCUACUUGGGAGAGAAGGUAAAGGACACCGCCACAGUUAAUUGUCUUGUUUGUUUCAUUUUUAAGGGCUGUCAACAUAAUACUGCUGGGGAAAAAUGUGACCGCUGUAAAGAAGGUUAUUUUGGCGAUGCCAGUCAAGGUUCCUGUAGGGUGUGCCAUUGUCCUUACACAAACAGUUUUGCAACUGGCUGUGUGGCAAAUGGUGAAGAAGUUCAGUGUUUCUGCAAAGAAGGCUAUACUGGAGUACAUUGUGAAAGCUGUGCUCCAGGAUAUUUUGGGAAUCCGCUAAAAUACGGAGGUUACUGUCAGAAGUGUAAUUGUAAUAAUAAUGGUCAACUGGUUAGCUGUGAUCGUCUUACUGGAGAAUGCUUAAACCAAGAUCCAAAAGAUGUGGAUCCCAAUGAAGAUUGCGAUGCUUGUGAUAGUUGUGUAAUUACUUUGCUGAAAGAUUUGAGCGAAAUGAGUGAUGAGCUUCAGCUGAUUAAAUCUCAGCUGCAAAAUGUCAAUGCAAGCACCCACACACUGGAGCAGAUGAGGCAUUUGGAAACACGCACCAAGGAGUUAAAAAUCUUGUUGAACAGGUACCGUUCAGCUGUUCUAAAUCAGGGCUCAAAGGCAGAUGAGUUGGAGACAGACUUGAUCAAUCUUAAUCAGGAUGUAAAUGCUCUACAAGAAAAGGCUGAAAUGAAUUACAGGAAAGCGGAGACAUUAUUUAAUAAUUUUGGUCAGACUAAUCAAAAAGGAAAAGAUUUGGUUUCAAAAAUACAAAUUGUCAUCAUCAAUAUUCAGGUGCUCGUGGAACAGAUAGCUGGCACCAAUGCAGGAGGUAACACAUUGCCCGUGGGGGAUGCUGCCAAGGAACUGGCUGAAGCAGAACAGAUGAUGAGAGAGAUGCGAAAACGCAACUUUGUACAACUGCAAACAGAUGCAGAGAGGGAGAGAAGAGAAGCUCAACUCUUGCUGGAGCGUGUUAGGAAUGAGCUACAAAAGCACCAGCAAGAAAACCAUGGAGUUGUUAAAACGAUAAGAGAUUCAUUAAGCGAAUAUGAAUCCAAACUCAGUGAUCUUCGUAAAGCUCUCAAUGAAGCAACUGGCCAAACGAAGCAGGCUGAAAACUUAAACAAAGAUAAUGGAGUGCUCUUGGAAGACAUUAAGAAACAAAUUGAAGUGAUGAAUAAACAACAUAACGAUGUCUUGGAUCAUCUCAACUCUGCCCAGUCUUCCUUGUCCCAGACUAACAGCAUACUUGGAUUACUUCAGAAGAGCAAAGAGGAAUAUGAAAAUCUAGCUGCCAAACUAGAUGGAGCAAGGAAGGACUUGAAUGAAAAACUGAAGAACCUUUCCUUAUCAGCCAGCAAAGAGCCACUGGUGGUGAGGGCAGAGGAGCAUGCCAACUUUUUGCAAGAUCUGGCAAGACAACUGGCAGAAAUUAAGAGAAACGCCAGCAAUGAUGAGUUGGUGAACUGUGCCAUGGAAGCUGCUACUGCCUAUGAAAAUAUUAUUAAUGCCGUCAGUGCAGCCGAGGAAGCAGCCAGCAAAGCUGUAAAUGCAGCUGAUUCAGCUUUACUGACUGUGGAGAGGGAAGACCUAGCAGGAAAAGCCAAGAGACUGAACACUGAAAGCAGCAAUCUAUUAAAUCAAGCACAGAUGACACAAAAGACAUUACAAGAUAUUAAUCCAACUCUUGAAGAUAUAAAGCAGAGACUGGGUAUUGUGGAAGGAAAGCAGAACAGGAUGCUGACUGACCUUGUUUCUUUCCAAAAUGAUCUCAGUGGGAUAAAUAGAGAUGACAUAGACAGCGUCAUUACCAGUGCAAAGAACAUGGUCAAAAAUGCCAAUGAUAUCACUGCUAAUGUACUGGAUGAACUGAACCCAAUUAAAGCAGAUGUGGAAAAAAUAAAGGGCACCUAUGGAAGCACUCAGAGUGCUGACUUCAAUAAGGCUUUGACGGAAGCUAACAAUUCAGUAAAGAAAUUAACAAGCAAGCUCCCGGAUCUGUUUAACAAGAUUGAGAGCAUCAACCAACAGCUGAUGCCAAUAGGCAACAUAUCUGAGAAUGUAAACCGCAUAAGAGAGCUCAUUCAGCAGGCCAGAGAUGCUGCAAACAAGGUUGCUAUUCCCAUGAGGUUCAAUGGUCGUUCUGGGGUAGAGGUUCGACCUCCAAGUGAUCUUGAGGAUUUGAAAGGCUAUACUUCCCUUUCUUUUUUUCUCCAAAGACCUCUGCCAAGACAAGAUGGCUUGCAACAGGCUUCAAAUAUGUUUGUAAUGUACCUGGGUAAUAAGGAUGCUUCCAAGGACUACAUUGGUAUGGCUGUGAGAAAUGGUCGUCUCAUUUGUGUUUAUAACCUGGGAGGCAAUGAAGCCGAAAUAGAAGUGGACCCAUCAGUGACUGAGAGUAACACUGAGGAAGCUACUUUGGAUCGGGUGAAGUUUGAAAGGAUUUACCAGUAUGCAAAGUUGAAUUACGUUAAAGCAGCAACCUCUGACAAGAAGACUUUUGACAGUAGCAGUGGGAGCAGUCACACACUCCUAAAUCUGGAUCCCAACAGUGUUGUCUUUUAUGUGGGAGGAUACGCACCAGAUUUUCAGCCUCCCAGUGCACUAGACUACCCUCGUUACCAAGGCUGCAUUGAAUUAGACAACCUAAAUGAGAAUGUUAUUAGCCUGUACAACUUCAAGAGGACAUUUAAUCUCAAUACCACUGAAGUGGAGCCAUGCAGUAGAUAUAAAGCAGAGUCUGACCAAAACUAUUUUGAAGGCACAGGCUAUGCACUUGUCACAGCUAGAGAAGCAAAUAUUCCUAAUUUGCUCUACGAGCAGGAAAUUGAAACUACUGCAGAUGAAGGCUUGGUGUUUUUUGCAGAAAAACAGGAUCAUUUCAUUAGUUUGAAUAUUGAAAAUGGCCAUCUGGUGUUCAGAUACAAACUUGACUCACAACCUCCAAAGGAAAUAGCAAGCAAUAAAGCAGCUGUAAAUGAUGGAACAUAUCAGCAAAUUAAAUUAUACAUUUCUGGGAGACAAAAGUUAGUUUCGAUUAAUCCUGGGAUUAAAGCCAACAUCAAUGUCUUUAAAUUCACCACAUACUACCUGGGUGGAAUUCCAUCUUCUCUGCGGGAACGCUUUAAUAUCUCUACAUCUCCAUUCCGUGGCUGCAUGAAGAAUGUAAAAAACCCCGUCACUGCAUCUGUUACUUUUACUGAGACCAUUGGUGUCAGUAGGAAGUGUUCCAAUGACUGGAAGCUUGUGAGAUCUGCAACUUUCUCCAGGAAUGGAAUACUGGGUUUGAAUGCUGAGGGUUUCCCAUUUCCCAGCAAUUUCCAAGUCGGAUUUAGCUUUCAUACGUUGGCACCCAGUGGAACAUUAUUAAAUUACAAUAUAUGGCCUAAUAUUCUUACCAUCUUUCUGAGAGACGGCUUUGUAGUCGUAAAGAUGACAGAUGAGGAAAAACAAUCCAGCAAGAAAUAUGAAGAUGGUUCAGUGCAUUAUGUGUCAGUAAUCAAAGAUGACAGGAUGGUCAAGCUCCUGGUUGAUGACCUGCCUGUGUCAAUGGUUGUUGAACCUCAAGGAAUGUCUAGAAAAUUAAGUCAACCUAUAAAAUUGGGUGGUGAUAAUUUUGAAGGCUGCAUCUCCAAUGUCUUUAUACAAAGGACAGGUCAGCUCCCUCAAGUUCAAAAUCUAAUCAAUUAUACUGAGAAGACUGGUGUAUCCGUGGGAGCCUGCAGGAUGUACAAGUCACUCCAGCCAAUGCUGCUGAAAGAAUUAGCAGAUCCUAACAGCUCUAAGAUUUUCAAGUUACAGAAGAAAAAGUACCGUGCUUCCCUGACAGGUGCCGAAGUGCAGCUAGACCAGAAGAGCUGUGCUUUACCUACUCAGCUAAAUUUCAUCAGUGGAGCUUAUCAGUUUGGCAACACUCCCAAUAGUCAUUUGCUGUAUACACUUUCCCAGGCAUCGCUGACAGACAGGUCACAUUUUUCAGUAGACGUACGGACUGCAUCAUCGGGAGGACUGAUUUUUUUUGUGGGAAAUAAGCCUGAGAGCUCUUAUAUAGCUCUUUACAUUUCAAAGGGUCGUUUUGUCUUUUCAUUUGGUGCUGGAGGAAAGAAAAUUAAAAUCAAAAGCAAAGCAAAAUACAAUGAUGGGCAGUGGCAUACUGUGGUAUUCAAUAUGGAUGGGAAGAAUGGCCAUCUUAUUAUUGAUGGUCUGAGGGCCAGGGAAGGAAAACUGGCAAGUAAUUCCACCUUCAGCACUAAGCCACCAGUCUAUCUGGGUGGGCUUCCAUCCCUGAAAGUACAGAAUAUACCAAGAAAGAGUUUUGUAGGUUGCCUGAGAAAUUUUAAAAUGAAUGGAAAGCUCAUGAAUACUCCUCAUCGGAACACUGGGGUCCCUCCAUGUUUGGAUGGCUCUUUGGAGCCUGGGAUAUAUUUCUUUAAUGAAGGGGGAUAUAUCGUCAUUGAUAACUCUUUUGUGAUGGGUUUGGAAUUUAAGAUCAUAUUUAACAUUCGUGUGAGAAGCCUAACAGGAGUCCUACUCCAUACUGGAAACAAACAAGGCAACUAUUUAACUGUUUACAUGGAAGCAGGAAAGCUCACUGCCUCUGGAAAUAAUGGUGCUGCAGAGUUCCAGACAUCCGUCACUCCUCAGCAGUCUCUAUGUGAUGGACAGUGGCACUCCAUAGCAGUAACUCAGAAACAGAACAUUGUGCACCUAGAUGUGGAUGCAAAGAGCAACUACACCAUUGGAUCCUCUGCCCCACUUUCUGCUAACGUGGGUCAUCCGCUGUAUUUUGGAAGAGUUCCAGCAAAUUUGGAAACACCGUGGCUUCCUGUUCGGGACUCGUUCCUUGGCUGUCUACAGAACAUUAAAAUAAAUGACAAACCUGUCUCUGUCAGCAAAAUUUCAGAGGUUCAUGGUGCAGUCAGCUUGACUGGAUGCCCUGCCAAAUAACUUUGCCAUUACAUAAUAAGGGAAUUAUUUGUACCCUCGUUGGGUUGGGUCUUCUGAUGUACUGUAUGAAUUACUGCAAUAUGGGUUCUCCUUCCGUGAUCACUGUGUUACUCUUGUCUAUUAUGAUGUUCAAAACGGCUUACAAGUUAAUGCAUCUUCUGGAAGGGUGGCCUGUGCCAAAGCUAAUUAAAAAUGUUGGCUUUGUUAGAGUCCUUAUUAAAUUUGAUUGCUUUCCUGGGUAAUUCAUUGGGUGUGUGAGAUAUAUACACAAAAUAUAAAAUAGUAUUGUUUAUACACGUAGUGGGCCAAAUGCUGCUUUCGUCCUCCCUGGUAUAGCAUUAAAAUAACUCCAUUGACUUAGCAGGAGUUAUUUUGAGUUUACACUGGUGAGAGUGACUACAGAAUCUGGCCUAAUAUAAAUAAUUUUAUAAAAAUAUAUACAUUUCUUUGGGUUGAUGAACAGUGUUUAUACUGAAGUGUACAUUAAUGUUAAAAAUAAUAAUAUAAAUGGAGUCUGAAGCACUUUAAAGAGUGGAACUCUGGGAGAUUGUUGCUGUGUUAAGAGUUCUGGGGCCAAUAAAUGCAAU